CAAAUUCGAAAACGACACGACGAGAAGAUGUUUUUUGAUAUAUGGAGCCCGGAUUUGGUAUGAGAAUGAAAGAAUCAUAUGUCAUGGAUGGUGGGAUUAUGGAUUUAGAUUCGCUUGAAAGGCUUGACGUCGAAUGCCGUUUCCGUCUGAGAUCGGCAUUCGAUUCUUAUUCAGUCGCAUCCGAAGCAUUUUCAGAGCAAAGCCUUUUGAACCCGAUGGUAUUCCAGCGGCAGCUUUGUUAAAGGUCCGGUUUUUUUUUUUCUCUUUCGAUCACCGUCAUAAUGAAUUGGGGGAGUGGAUCGUUAUUGCCAGUGGAUGGGCAGCUAAGGGGAAUGGAAGUGGCGGCCCCCGCCUCGGCGACCGAGGACUAUUACGUCGAGAAAGACCCAACUGGUCGAUAUGUUCGGUAUGACGAGAUCUUGGGCAAUGGAGCAUUCAAGACUGUAUACAAGGCAUUUGAUGAAGUUGAUGGAAUAGAAGUAGCUUGGAACCAAGUGAAGAUUGAUGAUAUGUUGCAGUCACCAGAAAACCUGGAGAGGCUAUAUUCAGAAGUUCAUCUUUUGAAAUCAUUGAAACAUGAAAAAAUUAUCAAAUUCUAUAAUUCAUGGGUGGAUGAUAAGAAGAAGACUGUUAAUAUGAUCACUGAGUUAUUCACCUCCGGUAGUCUAAGGCAAUACCGUAAGAAGCAUAAGAAUGUUGAUAUGAAGGCUAUAAAGAAUUGGGCACGGCAGAUCCUCAUGGGAUUGCAUUAUCUUCACAGUCACAAUCCACCUAUCCUUCACAGAGACUUGAAAUGUGACAACAUUUUUGUUAAUGGUAACCACGGAGAAAUAAAGAUUGGAGAUCUUGGAUUGGCAACUGUUAUGCAGCAGCCUACUGCCAGAAGUGUUAUUGGUACCCCUGAGUUCAUGGCUCCAGAGCUCUAUGAAGAGGAGUACAAUGAACUGGUUGACAUAUAUUCUUUUGGCAUGUGCAUGCUAGAAAUGGUUACAUUUGAGUAUCCAUAUAGCGAAUGCAGAAAUCCAGCUCAAAUCUAUAAGAAGGUUACAUCGGGAAUUAAGCCUGCUUCACUUGGUAAGGUGAAUGACCCCCAAGUUAAGCAUUUCAUUGAGCAAUGUUUGGCUCCCGCAUCAAUGAGAUUGCCUGCAAAGGAGCUCUUGAAAGACCCAUUCCUCCUAUCUGACAAUCCAAAGGAACCAAUUCGAAGUCCUCUACAGUUACCAUCAAAUUUGCAGAAGUCUGGACCUCCUUCCAUGGACAUAGACUCGGAUUACAAACAACUUUCAAUUAGCUCUUGCGCAGAGAAAAGCAAUGGAACUUCAUGUUCUCCUACUUUGGAAUUUCAAAGAAUGAAUAAAAAUGAUGAGUUUAGGUUGAGAGGGGAGAAAAAGGAUGACAAUUCAAUAUCAUUAACCCUACGUAUCGCUGAUACAUCUGGUCGAGCGAGAAAUAUCCAUUUUGCUUUCUAUCUUAAUGCGGAUACUGCACUUUCGGUCGCUGGUGAGAUGGUUGAACAACUUAAUUUAGCUGAUCAAGAUGUGGCUUUUAUAGGUGAGUUCAUCGAUUACUUAAUUGUGAGACUUGUACCCAGUUGGAAGCCUUCAUUUGAUUAUUCAUCCAAUGGAGUGGGUCCAUAUGAAGGAUCUCCAGUACUUGGGACUGAUAAGGGCUCAAUGCGGUCUCAUUGGGAUUCAGUAUCAAUUAAUCUUCCUGCUGAAUCAUCGAUAGAGAAAGAAGUUUUAUCUCAGUUGAGUAGUAGUCCUAUUGAGGGUUGCAUACUAGAAGUUGAUACCACUAACUCAUAUGGAAGAUAUGAUCAAACUAUGUCGCAUAGUGAUCUUAUUUCUCCUUCAAGUUUAACCAACAGAGAAGAUCAAGAGUCUCAAGCAUCAAUUGUUUCAGAUAUCACUGACUAUAUUGCCACAAUCGGUUCAAUUACUAAUAAUGAUAGAAUGGUAGAAUGUGCUGAUUACACCAUUGAUGGAGGCUGUAAAGGUUUAAUUGAGUAUGGGUGUGACAUGGAUUUGGGUCUACAGGAAUGCGAUGGAUGUAAAAUGAAAAUAGAUGAUACCAGUGACUGUAUAGUAGCAAAUGAAUUUACGAAGAAGCCAAAGGUCCCUAUUAAUGGUCUUUCUAAUGGUUUGAGCUUGCCAAACAUUGGUUCUUCCUUGUCGCUCUCCGAUAAAGAUGAAGACGCUGAGCUGCAGUUGGAACUUAAUGUGAUUGAAUCACAAUAUCAACAUUGGCUUAAUGAACUCUCAAGGAUGAGGGAGGAAGCUGUAGAGAAUGCUAAAAAGAGGUGGAUCACAAAAAAGAAAUUAAGUAUUUCUUAGUUCCAAGAUUUGGUUAUUAAAAGUGUAUUGUACCUGAAAGUUUAUUAUCAUUUUUAUGAAUGUUUACUAUAAAACCAUUAUCAUUAUUAAAAUGAAAAUUUUCGUAGUUUAGUUAUUUAA